AUGGUAUCACCAAGUAAUCAACAUAGUAAUUUAUCAUUGGUAGAUAACAAGUCAACAUCGACAGCACGUCCAUCAGUGCAUUAUUACUCGUCGAUAGAUGAUAUUGAAAGACUAUCCAAUUUAUUAAACAAUUCGGCCACAUCGGUCGAGACAGAGGAUGGAGAGAAGCGAACACCCCUUCAUCACGCUGCCUAUGGUGGAUCGUCGCGUUGUGUGGCGUUUCUCCUUGAAAAGAAGGGUAACCCACAUGCACUCGACUCUGGCAACAACACUCCACUUCAAUGGGCUGCUUCACGUGGUCAUCUCGAGUGUAUCAAACUGCUCGUUGAAAAGGGUCCAGCAGACGUAAACACCAAAGAUAGCAAGAAUGGUACACCAUUACACAAAGCUGCUCACUUUGCAUCGUCAGAGUGUGUAUCCUAUCUACUUCAAUGUAGAGCCGAUGCCAAAGCUGUCACUCUCAAUGGUGAAACUCCACUUCACUAUGCAUGUGCUGGUGGUAAUCCUCAAUGUGUAGAAUUAUUAAUUAAAGCUGAUGCUAAAGUAAAUCAUUCAGAUUGUGAUGGAAUAACACCAUUACAUCAAGCAGCAUUUAGUGGACAUUCAAGUUGUGUAUCAUUAUUAUUGAGAAAAGGAGCAAAAGUAGAUCCAAGAGAUAUUCAUGGUAUAUCACCACUUCAUAAUGCAUCGGCAGCAGGAUUUAUAGAUUGCGUAGACAUUUUGGUUAGAAAUGGAGAGAAUGUAAACUGUGUCGAUGUCGAGGGUGUCACACCACUCCACCAUGCAUGUUUUAAUGGUAAUUUGCCACUCCUCAAACGAUUAUUAGAGUUGGGUGCACAUAUUGAUAUGAUUGAUGAUAUGGGUGAAACACCCCUCCACAAGGCUUCAUUCAAUGGACACAAAGAUAUUGUCGAACAUUUAUUAAAACUUUCAUCACCAAUUGAUUGUCGUGAUAUUCGUCAAUCUACUCCUUUGCAUUUGGCUGCAUUUAAUGGUUUAUUAGAUAUUGUUCAAAUUUUAAUUAAUCAAAAAGCAACAAUUAAUAUUAGAGAUGAAGAAGGAGCAACACCAUUACAUAAAGCAGCAUUUAAUGGACAUUCAUCAGUUUGUAAAAUGUUGGUAGAUCAAGGAGCAACGAUCAAUAUAUUGGAUAAUCAAGGUGCAUCACCGCUACACAAGGCAGCAUUCAAUGGACGUGUAAAAUGUUUAAAUACAUUGAUAAAGAGUGGAGCAGACAUUGAGAUUAAAGAUAAUCAGGGGGGAACUCCUUUACACAAUGCUGCAUACAAUGGACACUCGGAUUGUUGCAAGCUGCUACUUAAAAAGGGUGCAGCCAUCGACUCUAUUGAUACGCAUCAGUCGACACCGUUGCAUUUGGCAAGUGCCGCAGGUGCACGUGAUACUGUUGACCUGUUGCUCUCAUUCAAGGCCAAGGUUGACGCUAAAAACUGCGCUGGCAAGACACCACUCGUGUAUGCACUCAAAAAGGCACAUACUGAUGUGGCACGUGUCUUGUUGCGUGCAGGUGCCGAUCUUGGUAAUGUGUCUAGUCGCCAGUCGAUCGAUCUAGGCAAGUGCUUUGGUACGACCAAUUCAGACGAGAUUAUGGCCAUUGUACAUAAACGCGAGUCGAGUCAAUUGGUUGCCGACGAGGUGCAAGUUGCUCUCGAUCAACAGCUCAAAGACGAUCUCGACCAACAACAACAACGCGAACGUCGUCUCCUCAUCAAGAAUGCAGUUGCUCUCUUUAACCAGUCACCUAAAAAGGGUAUCGAGUUUGCCGUGUCUUCUGGAUUGUGUGAGUUGACACCCAAAGAUGUUGCACACUUUUUGUUGACACAAGAUACACUCAACAAACCGGCGAUUGGCGAGUACUUGGGAGAAGCUGCGUCGUUUAAUCUGCAAGUGUUGCACGCGUUUGUCGAAGAGCUCGACUUUGCGGGACUCGACUUUGACGUGGCGCUGCGCAAGUACCUCAAGACGUUCAGACUGCCAGGUGAGGCUCAAAAGAUCGAUCGUAUGAUGGAAAAGUUUGCACAACAGUUUUAUGCACACAACCCCGACAAUAAGAUCUUUUCCAACAAUGAUACAGUCUAUGUGUUGGCGUUCUCGGUGAUUAUGCUAAACACUGAUGCACACAACCCCAACAUUAAAAAGAAGAUGACCAAACAAGAGUUUAUCCGUAACAAUAGUGGUAUCAAUAAUGGUGAUGAUUUGCCACCCGACUUUAUGGAGAGUUUGUAUGACCGUAUUAUUACAGACGAGAUCAAGAUGGAGCGUGACGGGCAGGCCGACCAGCACGUCGAGAAAAAGGGUUGGCUCACCAAACAAGGUGGUCGUAUCAAGACGUGGAAAAAACGUUGGUUCAAACUCGAAGCCAAUUGUUUGCUCUACUUUAAGACACCACAAGAUCACGAACCAUGUGGUAUUAUCCCACUCGAGAAUGUCGUUGUCACGAUUGUCGUACAAAAGAAGUUUUGCUUUAUGCUCCACUCGUCACAGGAGCAGAUGAAAGCGUGUAAAUUAAAUUCAGACGGCACCCUUGUGCAAGCCAACCAUGCCGCCUACUUUAUAUCGGCUGCCAACAUGGCAGAAAUGGAGUCAUGGGUACAAGCCAUCAAAAGCAACAUUCACAGCAACCCCAACUUUGAGCAGUUGCACAAAAAGAAGGCUGAAACGAUUCGUAGUGGAAAAUCAUCCUCUUCCUCUCAGGCUCGUAGAUCUACCAUUGUCACCUCCUCAUCACCUCUCGCUCAAGUUAACGGUGCCAGUGGAAACAUUGUAAAUGGAAAACAAACAACAAAUAGUGGUGCUACUGGUUCACCCGCUUCAAACGAUCAUCAUAUAACUUCUACUCCUCCUUUAUCUUCUCCUAUUCCAAGUCAAUAA